GCCGCCCUCCUCCCCUCGCUCCCCAGCCGGUCGGGCGGGCCCCCGAGACCCCAUCGGGUCCAGGCUGGUGGCAGGCGGGCGGUCAGGCCCGGGUGGCGGCCUCCUCGCCAUGUCCUCGGCCCGCGACACCAGCAGUCGCUUCCCGUUGCACCUCCUGGUCUGGAACAACGACUACCGGCAGCUGGAGAAGGAGCUGCGGGGCCAGAAUGCAGAGGCCUUGGACCCACGGGGCCGGACGUUACUGCACCUUGCGGUUUCCCUGGGGCAUUUGGAAUCCGCUCGAGUCUUGCUGCGACAUAAAGCAGACGUGACCAAAGAGAACGGCCAGGGAUGGACAGUUUUACACGAAGCCGUGAGCACGGGCGAUCCCGAGAUGGUGCACACAGUCCUGCAACACCGAGACUACCACAAUACAUCCAUGGCCCUGGAAGGUGUGCCCGAGCUGCUACACAAGAUCCUUGAGGCCCCGGAUUUCUACGUGCAGAUGAAGUGGGAGUUCACCAGCUGGGUGCCUUUAGUGUCUAGAAUCUGCCCGAAUGACGUCUGUCGCAUAUGGAAAAGUGGCGCCAAGCUGCGCGUGGACAUCACCUUGCUGGGCUUCGAAAACAUGAGCUGGAUAAGAGGGAGGCGGAGCUUCAUCUUCAAGGGAGGAGACAACUGGGCGGAGCUGAUGGAGGUCAACCACGAUGACCGCGUGGUCACCACUGAACACUUCGAUCUUUCCCAAGAAAUGGAGCGCCUCACCCUGGACCUGAUGAAACCGAAGAGCAGGGAGGUGGAGAGGCGGCUCACAAGCCCAGUCAUCAACACCAGCCUGGACACUAAGAAUGUCGCCUUUGAGAGAACUAAAUCCGGAUUCUGGGGCUGGAGGACCGAUAAAGCAGAAGUUGUUAAUGGUUACGAAGCAAAGGUUUACUCGGUAAACAACGUGAGCGUGAUAACCAAGAUCCGCACAGAGCACCUGACGGAGGAGGAGAAGAAGAGAUACAAAGAGGACCGGAAUCCACUGGAGUCUCUGCUCGGAACUGUGCAACAUCAGUUCGGUGCUCAAGGGGACCUCACUACUGAGUGUGCCACUGUGAACAACCCCACAGCCAUCACGCCCGACGAGUACUUUGAUGAAGACUUUGAUCUGAAAGACAGGGACAUUGGAAGGCCGAAAGAGCUGACGAUCAGAACACAGAAGUUUAAAGCUACCCUGUGGAUGUGCGAGGAGUUCCCGCUGUCCCUUGUGGAGCAGGUCAUCCCGAUCAUCGACCUCAUGGCUCGCACCAGCGCUCACUUUGCCAGAUUGAGAGACUUCAUCAAACUGGACUUCCCUCCCGGGUUCCCUGUCAAAAUAGAGAUCCCCCUGUUCCACGUUCUGAACGCACGGAUCACGUUUGGGAAUGUCAACGGCUGCAGCACUGAGGAAGAAAGCCAGAGUAUGGAGGGGGCCCAGGCCAACGCAGCUUCUGAGGCCACGAACUUCGAGGUUGAUCAAUCUGUGUUUGAAAUCCCUGAAUCCUAUCACAUUCAAGACAAUGGCAGAAACGUGCACCUGCAAGACGAGGACUAUGAGAUCAUGCAGUUCGCCAUCCAGCAGAGCCUGCUGGAGUCCAGCAGGAGCCAGGACCUUUCAGGACCAGCGUCAAACGGAGGGGUCAGCCACACACACAGCUAUGAAGCUCAGUAUGAGAGGGCCAUCCAGGAGAGUCUCCUAACCAACAUGGAGGGCCGGUGCCCAGGCGGCCUCAGCGAGUCGAGCCGAUUCGACAGCGACCUGCAGCUGGCCAUGGAGCUGUCUGCCAAAGAACUGGCGGAACAGGAGCUGAGGCUCCAGGAAGAAGAGGCAGAACUCCAGCAAGUCUUACAGCUGUCACUCACUGAGAAAUAGACAUUGCCGUACAGGGCCGCAGAGCAGAGGCUCUGGGCUGCCCGGAAUGCUGUACCAGUGAGGCAGACCCGAGGGCAGGGGGCCGCCCCUUCCUGCCGACAGCAGCCGCCCUUUCCUUAUGUAGAGGUGCAGGACCAGGGACUCCCCAGAGUGGAGAAGCGGGCGUCGGCAGAGCCCCGUCUCCAUGCCGAGGGGAGGAGAGCAUGCUCACCUUCCAUUCGCUGUCCUGUCUGGCAGGUCACAUUUUUUUACUACCAGCUUUAGACAGAAACGCUGAGCCUGCAGGCUAGUAGAUGCUUCUUAGUCAGAAGUGACAAGCUACUGCGGAGUCAGGGUGCUUUUCCACAGGAGAGCAGCAGCCUUUGAGGAGUGGGUAAGAACUGGAGACGUUCCCUCCUGUUCACCAAAGAAACGGGUUAUGCUGCCCUCUUUAUUUCCCUUUCCCGUCGGGCUCCUGCAGCCUCGCUCGCCAUCGUGCCGCCCAUCUCCACCUCGUUCCAUGCCUUUUACCCCCCAGCCGAAGAGGAUAUGUACAGGAUCUAUUUUAGAUUAUGGCUAUUUGCAUCAAAUUAAGAUAUACAAAUGACCACGGAUGUUGCCUUAGCCUUAAAAAAUUACUAACAGUUUUAAGCCACCUCACUCCACACACACCCGAGGACCUGAUUUGAAUCUGUAAAGGCAGUUCCUUUAGGAGCAGCAUCCUCCAGGCUAAACCAAAGGCAGCUAAUCCUGUCCUUGGAGGAGCAGCUAGGGGGACCCGUGGCUGGGUUCCUCAGAGUAGGCAAGCUCGCCAGACCACUGGAAGAGCCUAGCCAGCGUGUUCUGUGCCUGCUCUCAUUAGGAGUUCCAGCCUGGGGAGAGCCAGCUGCAAUGGCCUGGCUUCAUAGAGAGGACAGGACAGACUUGAAACCAGAAAGGGAGCUAACACAGAGUAGAGGCUCUUCAUCCAAAAGGGAAAAAUGACUCCACACUGCUUUUUAGAGUUCAAAUCAACAUCUUUCUGGAAAAAAUAUAUUUUUUAACAGAAUCUUUUUAUUAUUUUUAAAAGAUAAAAAACUGACUGCUCCCAUCAGUAGCAAUACAACACAGGGUUAUGCGUUUUAACCAGUCUUUCUCAGGCCUCUUUUGGAUACCUUUAGUAGUUAACUAUUUUUGUCUAACCCUCCUGUAAAUACCUUAUUGCAUCACAGACCAGCCCCUGGGGAAUACAGCCAAGGGCACUUGCGCCUCUCACUUGGCACAGGCAUUCAUCCCCACAAGGCUGUGCUGAUCACGUGGUAAAACAGUACCUUCCUCUGUUCUGUGUCUGUCUCCUGUGAUGCUUCUUUGGGGAUAGGAAGAGAAUCCACCAUUCCCAGGAGUGUCUGUUUGAUACAGUCAAUGUUGCCAGUAAAAUGUUCUGAGACGCAAAGAAUCCGUGAGUUUAAUUCCUCAUAGCUAUCUAUCUGCCUUUUUUUUUUUUUUGUCAUGGUCCGACCCAAAUCCCUUCCCUGUACACAAGGCCCAGGGUUGGCACAUUGGUUCGGUACACAGGCUGGUGGUCUGUUCAAUUGACAUCUGCCAAGAGCAAAGACACUUCUGGGAGUGCCGUGCGUACUCACUAAGGGGGAUCCUAGGUAACGCCUGCGUCUGCAUUCCAUUGCUCUUCUUCCCUUGAAGUCUGUGACUGUGUCCCCGGAAGCCACUUACAGCAGGACUCAGCACUGCAGCAACCUGUUGCAGCUUUUCCCAUGUCCUCCCUAAAAACACAAAUAAAUCUGCUUCCAUAAA